GAGAUGGUCACGGUGCAGGUGGGCCAGUGCGGGAACCAGAUCGGGCGUCGCUUCUGGGCCGAGCUCCUCCACGAGGCCGCGGCGCAGCAGCAGGCGUCCGGCGGCGCCGGCGGCGGCACCUACGACGCGGCCAUGAGCGCCUUCUUCCGCAACGUGGACGCGCGCUACGAGCCGCCGGCGGAGCUGGCCGUCGGGGCGCCGCUGAGCAGCCUCCGCGCGCGCGCGCUUCUGAUUGAUACGGAGGAGGGCGUCGUGUCCGAGACGCUGCGGGACCCGCGCUUCGGCGACCUCUUCGACGCGGCGCAGCUCGUCACGGACGUGAGCGGCGCGGGCAACAACUGGGGCCACGGCUACGGCGAGUACGGCCCCAAGUACGGCGACGAGAUCGAGGCCGCGGCGUCCGCCGCGCUCGAGCGGUGCGACAGCCCGCAGGCGUUCUUCUUCCUCCACUCCGUCGGCGGCGGCACGGGGUCGGGCCUCGGCAGCGCCGUGCUCGAGCGCUUCGUCGACGCGUUCCCGGACCUGUGCCGCUUCUCCGUCGCCGUGUACCCCGGCGGCGACGACGAGGACGUCGUCACGGCGCCCUACAACGCGGUCUUAGCGACGCAGCGGCUCACGGCCUGCGCGGACUGCGUCGUGCCCCUCGAGAACCAGGCGCUCCUCGACGUGUGCGCGCGGCGGUCCGCGCGCGGCGCCCAGGCGCCCGCGUCGGGCCGCACGGCGACGGCGGCGAAGGCGUCGAAGAGCGGCUUCGACGAGACGAACGACGUCGCCGCGCAGCUGCUGAGCCACCUCACGGCGGGCGCGCGCUACAGCGGCGGCCUCAACAUCGACGUCAACGAGAUCGCGACGAACCUCGUGCCGUUCCCGCGGCUCCACUACCUCACGGCGUCCUACGCGCCGCUGCUCCCGCGCGACUUCGGCGGCGGCGCGGCGGCGGCGCCGGACCGCGGCGGCGGCGACGACCGCGCGCGGCACCCGCGCCACGUCCAGCGCCUCUUCGCCGACGCGGCGUCGCCGCUGAGCCGCCUCGUCGCGACCUACGACGCGCAGCCCGCGCGGCCCGCGGCGACGCUCGCCGUCGCGCUCCUCGCGCGCGGCGACGUCGUCUCCGCGGACGUCGCCGCGGCCGCGGCGCGGCUCCGGCCCCAGCUGCGGCUGCCGCCCUGGAACCCGGACGGCUUCAAGGUCGGCCUCUGCGCCGUGCCGCCGCUCCGCGCGAGCCGCGCGGUGCUCUGCCUCGCGAACUCGACGGCCAUCGCGCGGAACUUCUCCGCGCUCCGCGACCGCUUCGUCAAGCUCUACCGCGCCAAGGCCAUGGUCCACCACUACGCCAACUACAUCGACGGCGCCCUCUUCGACGAGGCCCUCGCCGACCUCGAGGCCCUCGUCGGCGACUAC